ACGUUAGUUUAUUAAAUUCAAAAUGGCAUUAUUCCGAUUUUGUAGAGAAUAGUAAAGUUAGUGAAAUUCGCUUAAGGAAAAUAUUAGUCUCAUUCAUAUUCAAUAUAAAUAGAGCUAAAAUAACUUACUGCAUUACACAAUUUCUUGCGUAAACGGGAAGUUUCCAGUAAAAAAUUAAACAUCAUAAGGUGGUUUGCCAAUCUAAAAGGCGGGAGAAAGGAAUAAUGCCGCGCACUAAAGUUUCCAAAUCCACUAAGCGGUUUCGCGAGACAUCCCAUUGUGAAGAGAAAUUGCGGGAGUUCGAAGCUUCUUUCGAUGGCUAUAUGCACACUUUGAAGGCAAAAGGCGAAACGCAAAUCAAAGCCAUUGCAGACAAACUAGAUAUGUUAUUAAUGCUCACAGAUUCGAGUAUUCUUCAAUUGGUAAUGGGUGAUUUACUGACCUUCAAUUUGACAAAGCUCGAAGAUUGCAAACAAUUUGCUAAUACUUUACCUACCAGUAACAACGGCACUCUUAAAAAAAAAUCUACCAAACAAUUAAACCCCAACGAUGAAGGUUACCUUACAGAGGAUAGCGCAAAUGGCGGCAGUAACAUUGGCGCCUCGACGUCAACCUUAACUGCGUACAGUCGGCCAUCUGUAAAACAGCAGCCACAGCGUGGUCGUACUCCCGGGCCGUUAAGUUCAGCUCGUGCUCGACGCCCGCGUCGUAGUCGCUCAGUUUGCGAUGACAUAAUGCACGUGUCGUCAGUUAAAUCCGCAAAAAGUUCAUCGAGUGUAAUGGAUACACAUAUUUCCCGCAGCAAAAUGCGUACUCCGACAGCUUCGCGUUCCAAAGCCUUCAGUGCUGAUCGCACGUCGCAAUUGUGUGGGCAACAAUUUCCUUCGACAACGUCGGUGCAAUCGCCGGCGGCAGCAUUUUUGCGUUGGCCUAAACCUGGCGAAGUGGUGUUAUCCAAAUGUGGAAGUCCAGUCGUAGCGCAAGUCAUGCCGGACAAAUACGCAAAUGUAAAUAUUCCUACACGGAAUGGAGUAUUUUCUUUACGCCCAAAGAAACUGGAUGACUUGAAAUCGGACAUAAUCGAUGCAAUCGAUCAAGACACACUCAACCAAAUACGAACAUUGCACGAUAACUUAAAUAUGAUUAUGAAACUGGCAGAUAGCUCAGUGCAGAAAUAGGGCAGUAUAAUCUAUCUAUUGGUCGCUUUUUAUAAUUCUUAUUAAUUUAAUUUCUCUACAAAAUAUAAUUUUACAUUAAACUUACAUUACAUUAUUAAAUUUUAUAUCGUGCUUUUAUUUUUCUAGUUAAACCGAAGUUAAUUUGGAAAUAAUGUAUGUUGUUUAUUGUAUGCAGAUUAUAGCACAACAAACUUUUGGCAAUUCAAAAGAAAAUAAACGCAAAAGGAUUUAUAUCCUUGAGUAUAAAAUAUUUAUGAAAACCAGAAUUCACUCAGAACAAGGCUUUUGUUAAACCACUAACUAAUAAAACGAUUAGAGCUAUAUAGUUUUUUAAAAUUAGAUACAAUUGUAAAACUUAAAAAAGUAAUAAAUAUGUAUUUAUGUGCACAUGUUUUAAA